AUGGACGCCAAGACGCAAAGUUUACUAAGUGGUGUAUACGCUUCUUUAGGCCUCGUGUUUGUCGCAUUAGCCAAGCUCAACUGGCUGUCCAAGGGCGCGUCUGCCGCUUUCCUCUCUCUCAUAUGGCUGGGCUUUGUGCUCGCCAUCUCGUGCACUGAGUCAUGGCUCAAAUUCCGUGCACCCUUCAUGCCACGCCAUCUUGCAUUGGACCUAGGCCGCACUAUGUUUGCUGCCCUUAACGCCGUGGAAAUUGGUAUCUGCGUGGGGCUUUGGGUACUGUACUACGUGGUGUCGUCCACCUCAGGCGAUGCUGUGUGGCGCCUUGUUAUCGUCACGCUUCUUGUAGUGAUGCAGAUUGCAUGGCUAUACCCCAAGCUAGAGCUUUCGGCCGAGUUUGCAAUCUAUGAGGAGCUGAAGGAGUUAGACAAUGAGAACCUGUCGUUUAACCAAAAGAUGCAGUUGGGAGAGAUGCGUCAUAAAGUCCAGAUUCAAAGCAAACCGGCCAAGAUCUACCACAUUUUGUACAUGGGAUGUGAGACUGUCAAGAUUCUUACGCUUGCUAGCUAUGCACUGCAUUUCCUCAAGACUAUUCCGGUGUGA